AUGGAAAUGGGGUCUGGAAACAACGAGAAAGCCGGCAUUUUGACGAGGGGAUGGCGGUGGGUGAAGGAUUUACCUAAGAAUUCAUUUGCAAAAGGUGUAGAAAUUGCUAGACAAACAAAGAAGAUUGGCCAAGAUGACCCUAGAAGAGUGAUCCAUUCCCUUAAACUAGGACUAGCACUCACAUUAGUUUCAUUGUUCUACUACUUUCAGCCACUUUACAAAAAUUUUGGUGUCUCCGCAAUGUGGGCUGUGAUGACCGUAGUGGUUGUUUUUGAAUUCUCUGUAGGUGCAACAAUCGGCAAAGGAUUAAAUAGAGGACUAGCAACGUUUAUAGCUGGUGCUUUAGGUGUUGGAGCACAUUACUUGGCCAGCAUGACAGGGAAAGUAGGCGAGCCGAUAUUCAUUGGGCUAUUUGUGUUCCUCCAAGCUGCUGUAACUACAUUUAUUCGAUUCUUUCCCAAAGUGAAGGCCAGAUAUGACUACGGAUUGGUGAUUUUCAUCUUGACAUUCAGUCUUGUGUCCAUAUCCGGCUUUCGAACUGAUGAAAUACUUGAUUUGGCGCAUAAAAGAUUAUCUACCAUAUUUGUUGGUGCGUCCACCUGUGUGAUUGUUUCGAUUUUCGUUUGUCCUGUAUGGGCCGGUGAAGAUCUUCACAAUCUCGUAGCUGAUCAUCUUGAGAAACUUGGAAAUUUCUUAGAAGGCUUUGGAGAAGAAUACUUUGCAGGAUCAGUGGAGGCAGAGUUUAAGGAUAACAAGUCUUUUCUGGUUGGCUAUAAAAGUGUUCUUAAUUCCAAAACCACUGAAGAAAACCAAGCUAAUUUGGCAAGAUGGGAACCCGGUCAUGGAAAGUUCAUGUAUCUCCAUCCCUGGGAGCAGUACCUGAAAAUUGGAGCUCUGACUCGAAAAUGUGCCUGCAGAAUUGAAGCUCUUAACAGCUACCUGAAUUCUGAGAUCAAAGCACCAGAAGAGGUCUUUCAGAAAGUCCAGGAGAUAUGUACAAUAAUGAGCAAAGAAUCAGGUCAAGCACUCAAAGAAUUGUCAUUGGCAAUCAGAACAAUGACAAAGCCAUCCUCUCCUAAUCGUCACAUUGUAAACUCGACAACAGCAGCCCAGAACCUCGAAUCCUUACUCAAGUCAGGCUCAUGGGAAGGCAUUAACCUUCGACAGCUAAUAUCAGUAGCAGCAGUUGCAUCUCUGUUAAUUGAUAUAGUCAUCUCUGUGGAGGAUAUUGCUGAGUCUGUUACUGAGCUUGCAACACUUGCAAAAUUCCAGAGUCCAGAACUGAAUGUCCCAGAAAGCAAAAUACCAUCAAAUGCAGGCAUCAGUACUAAACAGCUUCAAGUCCAAGAUUGUCCUCGUGUCAUUAUUUCCAUUAAUCUAACUCCAGCCACUCAUGAAGUCCACCAAUCCCAGUUUCAAGAUUCGAAUCAAGAAGCCAAGCAAAAUGUCCAAGUGUAA